AUGCUCUUGAAAUUCAAAAUAAUAUCACUAUAAUAAUAUCUAUAAAGUCUAUUUAAAACAAAUUUAUCUAAAGAGACUAUGAAGCUUAAAAAAAUAAGUACUCUUAAGACAGAUACAGAUUUACCAACCAUCAACUUACAAUCCUCAACAUAAAGUUCCAAACCUAUGAAAUUGCCCUUUCUAUUAUUAUCCCCUGCUCCCUAAAGGAGAAAUAAUCUCUCAUUUCAUUAGCAUCCUAAAAAGAUUUCCCCAGACUCGAAUUCCUCAUAAAACUUCAAAUCCUUCCGAGGAAGAAGUAUUACUUUAAAUAGAAAAAACAUAUCCUAAUUUAUUUAACCCAUCCCUUUAUAGUCAUUAUAACGAUAACAUUUGACUCAUAAAUCCAAGUUCGAAGAAUAGUUAUAAAAAAACAAAUCAGAUAAUCAACAAAAUAGAGAUUGCAAUCGAGAACAAGUAUAAACUGAAAAAAAUUACAUUCACUCUCAAAAUAAUAGAAAAAUAUAGUAAGGUUAAUGCAAAUUAAAUGAAAACAAAACAAAAUCAAAAGUUGGAUAAUAAUAAACAAAACAAAACUAAGCAAAGAAAGAAUAGACUUAUAAGAAAUACUCAUUUUAAUGCUUUUAAAAAUAGAUUCCAAAAUAUCAUUCAGAAUAUACUUAACAACUGAUUAAGCAAUAACCUAAAUUUUUAGAAUUUGGCAAUUGCCAUUACUUCGAUAACUCACAAAAAUGGGUUACUGAUUAUGAAAUCGCGUUAAAUAUGAGUGAAAUAUAAGAAAUGAAUGAAGAUGUUCUUUCUUCAAAAGCAUAAAGCACUUUUUUUAAUAAAGUCAUAUGA